UCGGACUUCCACUCCAAAACAGUAGAUAGCGCUGUGCAUGCAAAUAGCUUUGGCUGAAAUCCAAUGAUGGAAUCUUGUCGAUGUUGCAGCAGCUAACGUUAAUAACAUAAGAUCUGCGCAAAUACAGCCAGUUAAAAGGGCACAAAUUGUUACCGCCUGAGGUUUUUCGACAUCUUGGACUCUGGAGUGAUUCUGGACCUCUGAAAGAACAGAUUCUCCCACACUCCGCCACGACCUGCUGCCACCCUGGCGAUGUCAAGAGUCCCGAGUCCCCCUCCCCCUGCGGAAAUGUCCAGCGGGCCUGUGGCGGAGAGCUGGUGCUACACUCAGAUCAAAGUGGUAAAAUUCUCCUACAUGUGGACCAUCAACAACUUCAGCUUCUGUCGCGAGGAGAUGGGCGAGGUCAUUAAGAGCUCCACCUUCUCCUCAGGAGCCAAUGACAAGCUCAAAUGGUGUCUGCGGGUGAACCCUAAAGGGCUAGAUGAGGAGAGCAAAGACUACCUGUCCCUCUACUUGCUCCUGGUUAGCUGUCCCAAGGCUGAGGUGCGUGCCAAGUUCAAGUUCUCCAUCCUCAACGCCAAGGGAGAGGAGACCAAAGCCAUGGAAAGCCAGAGAGCAUAUCGGUUUGUCCAGGGGAAGGACUGGGGCUUUAAGAAGUUCAUCCGCCGAGACUUCCUGUUGGACGAGGCCAACGGUCUUCUGCCUGACGACAAGCUCACCUUGUUUUGUGAGGUGAGUGUGGUGCAGGACUCUGUGAACAUCUCGGGUCAGAACACCAUGAACAUGGUGAAGGUGCCUGACUGCAGACUGGCUGAUGAGCUGGGUGGGCUGUGGGAGAACUCGCGCUUCACUGACUGCUCCCUGUGUGUGGCCGGGCAGGAGUUCCAGGCCCACAAAGCCAUAUUAGCAGCACGCUCUCCUGUCUUCAGUGCCAUGUUUGAGCAUGAGAUGGAGGAGAGCAAAAAGAACCGAGUGGAGAUCAAUGACGUGGAGCCAGAGGUCUUCAAGGAGAUGAUGUGUUUCAUCUACACAGACAAGGCCCCCAACUUGGACAAGAUGGCUGAUGACCUUCUAGCAGCAGCUGACAAGUAUGCUCUUGAGAGGCUGAAGGUGAUGUGUGAGGAUGCGCUGUGCACCAGUCUGUCUGUGGAGAACGCUGCAGAGAUCCUCAUCCUGGCAGACCUGCACAGCGCCGACCAGCUCAAAACACAGGCUGUGGACUUCAUCAACUACCAUGCUGCCGAAGUUAUGGAGACGGCGGGCUGGAAGUCCAUGGUGGCAUCCCAUCCUCACCUGGUAGCCGAAGCCUACCGCUCGCUGGCCUCGGCCCAGUGCCCCUUCCUGGGACCGCCCCGGAAACGCCUCAAACAGUCUUAACACGCAUACCACCACCCACCCUCCUCGCACUCACGGGGGAAAUCCCUCCCCACCACAAUUAACGCCUCUCCCUCAACCCCUCCGUCCCAUAUCUGAACCUGCUGUAUUCGUCUUCUGAGAUAGAGGGGGAAAUGGAAGAGAAAAAGGAGAAGGCCAACAGUCAGGAUAAGAAGGGGAUGUUUUGUUUACAAUGAGCUGCUAGGCUAUGCUAAAAACCCUCUUUCUCCUCAGCUCUGGCUUAAUGAGGUCGGUGUUUGUUGUUGUGAACCCGUAACCACAAGAAGACCUGCGUCCUUCGAUGACAUGGGUCAGCCACAUCCCAGGAUGUGGAGUCUACCAACUGCAUAGGAGAUUGGGGGGAGGGAGAAAUUGGCAAAUCCAACCAAGCCCACAAGAAACACUCUUUCGAACAUGGAGGAUACAAGAGGAUGAGAGCAAAGUGGAGCGAUGCAAAGCAAGGCCUUCACUGCACAUGUGUAGAUUAGCUUCGUCUGUCCCUUUCAUUGUUCUCAUUGGUUGACAACCAUAGGUGCAGGUGUCAAUCGAAAAAAGGGCCUAUUUGAUAGACUGGUUAGGUAGAGGCAGCAUGAAGGAAUGGGCCUGUUUACCACGAUGACCUAGGGGCCAAGGGCCUGUUCAAAGACUGUGGAAACCCUGUUUUUAAAGUAGUGGGGAAAAUGUUGCACUAAUGUUACAGGUCAGCCCUUUGUCAAAUGCCGCUGCAGCAGCAGCGAUACAGAGUACUGUAGUAGAGAAGCACACAUAACGCAAGCUUAGUGAGCGAAACCAUUGGACCGCCAAGGACAAAUGCCCUUUAACCUUCAAGCUAGCAAUGGGUCAUUUUGACCCCUGAGGCAUAUUUUUUAUCAUAGCCCAGAGAUGGUUUAUUAAAUUCUUUAGAUUUUUCAUGACUUUGUCAAUCAACUUGUUCUUAAAAAAUCUAAAUCAUUGUUUAGUGUUUCUGUGUCAAUGUGGACAAAAAAUUAUACUGCUUUGGAGUCAUUUUUUUUUAACAAGUUAGCCAUACCAUCAAAGGGUGGAGGGAGACCUGUAUCUGUGAUUUUGACCAGAUAGACAGAUCAUUUGCAGAAAUGCUGUAUACAUGUAACUGCCAAAAUAAAACACAAACAUAACAUGUCUUCAUAGGGUGUCAAGAUAGGGUAUAGGGUGCCCAUCUCAGUUGUCUGUCUUGGUACACUAUGAUUCGAAAAGUAUGCUAUUUGAUUUAACAUCCAGGGAAUGCAUGAUUUUAUAUUUUUAUUUGCAACCUGUCAAAAUAGGAUCCCGAAUUAUCAGAUUUAUUUUAGGCUCAUCAGAGAAUUUGCUGACAUUUUUGUGCAUAUUGGCUUAUAGGCUAUGUUAUUCACCAACUGAGGAAGUGGGGACUCAAAAGACUCAGCUAGAUUGCUAACUCUAAAUAUGAUAUUGUUGCUAUAUAGCCUUUUAGGCUUAUUUAUUAAUAUAGCAGUAAACAUCAGCUAAUAUCCUACAAAAACUUUCCAGCACUAGGCCUAGGCUAUGUGAUGUUGGCCUAUUUACUGCACAUGGCGUGUUCUGCAUCAAAACCAUACUACAGUCUCCUCCGGUUGUAAAGUGGUGCCUUGAACUCAAUAUUAAGAAGUGAGAAAUAAAUGAUAUACUCACAAAGCUCUGUCUGGGCAUUGGUCAUAUGCUUGUGCUUCUCUGAAUGCAUCUCUCUUUCCUCCGUGCGCACAGUGGGGAGAGUGAGUGGACAGGCAGAUACUUUCAUAGCAGGAAUCAGCAUAAUGCAUAGGCUAUUACUGUUGUCCAAAUAAUGGUUUUAGAACAAGCUGCAGAAAAUGACCUACGUAUGCAAAAUGCUUCAGAAAGAGGAAAGCAAUGUCGGUGUCUAAUUUCAGGUUUAUCGUCCUAUGCUCCUUUUGAGACCCCUCUUUCAAAGUCACUGAAAUCUCUUCUAGCCAUGUUAGUCAAAAUAAUAGGCAACUGGGCUUUUUAUACCCUAAGCAUAAUGGGCAGUUAAUUGCUUAAUUAACUCCGGAACAAAAUCUCUGUAAAAGCACCUGCUUUCAAUAUACUUUGUAUUCCUCAUUUGCUCAAGUGUUUCCUUUUUAUUUUGGCAGUUUCCUGUAGCUCUCCAUGUACUCACCUAAGAUUGUACUUUUCUAUACCACAUAUCUUAUGACUGUACAAAACCAAAAUUUCCUUAUUUUUGUGCAUAAUACAAAUCUGCCAGUGGUAUACAUACUUGAUAGAACUGUAAUACAGAACUCAGAUACUCUGAAUCUACACCGAGAGCUGUAUUGGUGUAUUAUCCAAAAACAAGUAGUUAUUGUAGGGAAAAUCUUUAAAAAAGUUGCGAUAUCAGGUUUCUCUAGAGACAUAAUAUUAAGUAAUGCAUAUCAUCAUAGGGUGGAGGGGGACCUGUUGCAGGGAUCUUGUCCUGAAAGACGUAUCACCUGCAGAGAUGGAGCACCUUAUGUACUUGCCUUGGUUAUAACUGGUUAUUCCUAGGUAUGCGCGUAUACAAAAUCCAAAUGACAAUUGAUAUAGUUGCAGUCAAAACACCUUUUUAUAAAAGUCUGUCAGUGGUAUGAAUACUUGGUAGAACUGUAAUACAGAAACCAGCUAUUCUCUGAAUGUACAUGUAGUGCUGUAUUGGUGUGUAAUUCUCUGGAGAAAAAAAAUAUUCAAUGGAAAUGCUAUAUAAAUACCAGAAUUCCUACAGAUAUGGGAUCUUAAUUUGAGAUGGUUUGCUACAUCAGGAAAGUGAUCCUGCAGCAACAGGAAAUGUGAAUUAUUAUGUGGAUUAUAAUUAAUGGACAUUUUUAUAGGGGUUGAUGAAUCUUUUAAAGCAAAUCAAGCCUGAAUUUUUAUGCAUAAAUUAUGAACUUUAGAAUCCUUUUUAAACCUCAAAUACUCUACCAGUUAACAUUACCUGCUGUGCAGGAAGUGUCCUGCAACAACAGGGUGAUCAAAUUAAGAUCCUACAUCUGUAUAAUAUUUUAAAUGUGUCACUUGUUAAGAUAUUUUGGUUGCUAUACAAUUUGAUUUAAUGUGACUUUGAGGAUUUGGGCUUACUCUUUUAAGCAUGCAUUAACCCCUACCACUCCCAUUGUUUCGCUAACAGUUGGUAAUCCACAUAUGUAAAAUAUGUUGGAAGCUUGAGGAUUAAAACUGAAUUCUCUGCAAGAGAUACAAAAAGAAAAGGAAACCUCUCCCAUAUGGAAUGUUGCUUGAUCUGCAUCUUAUUUUAUCAAUAGAAAAGAAAGUAGAGUGGAUGUAAAAGAGCAAUGCCCAAUGUAAAGUGUUUUUUGGGGGUCAUGAUUUAAUUGUGAUUUUGUGUGUGGAUCUGUCUUGAAAUCUCGGGAUUUCUGUUGGAAAACAACCCAGAGAAGAUGUUGUGCAUCAGUUACAAUUUUACAUUAGGCUUCAAUCAGGCUUAUAUAAAAAAAAAAAAUGGUGAUUUACUUUCUAGUUGUUUUUCCUCAGAACUCCUCAUUGUUUUUCAUAGGAAUUUGUACAGACACACAAAUUAUUUUUGAACAAUGUCAACAAACAUUUUCAACCAUAAAAUUGAAAAGUAGAUAUUUUUUGGGGCUUGGCCCUGGGAGAGAAUAACCAGAAUGUGAAAACGAAGUAUAAAAUCUAAUAUUUCACCAUGGUUUUUACCUGGCUGCAAAUUAACUGUUUAUUUCCUGUAGACAUGUCUGGUAAUUCUUAGUUUAUACUGUUUUUUUUUUCUUCCCAAAGGAAUAAACCACAGCUAUUUUGUAAUGAAUGCAGCACAGUCUUGGUUCAUUGUGUGAUAACAUGUUUUGUAUUCAUACCACUUGACUUACUCCACAUUUUGUUAGUCGGAAUUCAAAAUGGAUUAAAUAGAUUUUUAUAACCAAUCUACACACUACUACCCCAUAAUGACAAAGUGAAAACAUGUUUUUAGAAAUGUUUGCAAAUUUAUUGAACAUAAAAUACAGAAAUAAGUUCACACCCGUAAGUCAGUACAUGUUAGAAUCACCUUUGGCAGCGACUACAGCUGUGAAUCUUUCUGGGUAAGUCUCUAGGAGCUUUGCACACCUGAAUUGUACAAUGUUUGCACAUUUCUUUUUACAUUUCUUCAAGCUGUGUCAAAUUGGUUGUUGAUCAUUGCUAGAUAGCCAUUUUCAAGUCUUGCCAUGGAUUUUCAAGGAAAUGUAAGUCACAACUGUUAACUAGGAACAUUCAAUGUCCUCUUGGUAAGCAACUCCAGUGUAUAUAUAUAUGACGUUACGUUUUAGGGGAUUGUCCUGCUGAAAGGUGAAUUUGUCUCCCAGUGUCUGUUGAAAAGCAGACUGAGCCAGGUUUUUCUCUAGGAUUUUGCCUGUGCUUAGCUCGAUUUGUUCUUUUUAACCUACAGUCCCCAAUCCUUGCAGAUGACAAGCAUAGCCAUAUCAUGAUGCAGCCACUACCUUGCCUGAAAAUAUGAAUGGGUACACCGUAAUGAGUUGUGUUGGAUUUGCACCAAACAUAACACUUUGUAUUCAGGACAUAAAGUGAUUUCUUUUGCAGUUGUA